AAUCGCGUGACAAUGCCAAAAUAAAAUAGAAACGAGAACACGUUCCGCGAAUACUAUAAUCGCGAUAGUGAAAACGAACAAAGCGCUUCGAUGGUUCUUCGCGGCUUGUUGGCCCCUGCGGCAGCUCGUUGGAGGAGAAAUAAAACUGCGAAAAGAAGCCAGAGCGUCGUUCGGGACAACGUAAACGCGUCGGUCGGCCAAUUAGGACUGUCACGUUAUGGACCGCAGGUGAUGAGCGUGCUGUGUUUGUGCACCUCCAGCAUCCACCAGUCUACCCGUAACGUCACGCACACCGGCAAGAUACUCCCGAGUCCGCCGUUAGACACCCUUUGCGAGCAGCAAAUAACGCCCUCGCAAGAAAUACCCACUGACGAGCUGGCUCUAUUAGCUAAGCUGGAGGAAGCCAAUAGACUGAUAGAAUCCGAUGCAAAAUCACUGAACUCUCUUCAAAGUAAUCAUAGCAGAAAGGGCUCCGAUACAUCACAGGUGUCUGUGGCGUCGGGGGGCAGCGGAGGUAACGGCGAUGCUGCGCCCCGACGCCACAAUCCAGCCGAUGGUGAAGAAAAUACGUGGACUCUCUGGGGUCACAUAGUAUCUGAUUGGGAUUACCAUUGGAAGAAGAGGAAAGAAUUUGUUAAGGAAUUGGUUCGUCAAGGCAUACCUCACCAUUUCAGAGGCAUUGUUUGGCAAUUAUUAAGCGGUGCCCAUGACUCUCCCAUUAAGAAACAAUUCGCUGAGUACAUUAAAGCAACAUCAGCCUGUGAGAGGAUAAUUAGAAGAGAUAUCGCUAGGACAUAUCCUGAACAUGACUUUUUUAAAGAAAAAGAUGGUCUUGGUCAGGAAAGUCUGUUUAAUGUUAUGAAAGCGUAUAGCCUUCACGAUCGUGAAGUAGGAUACUGCCAAGGCUCAGGGUUUAUAGUAGGAUUACUCUUAAUGCAGCAAAUGCCGGAAGAAGAAGCUUUUGCUGUACUAGUAGCGCUUAUGCAAGAAUAUCGCUUACGAGACAUGUUCAAACCAAGUAUGGCUGAGUUAGGAGUGUGCAUGUAUCAAUUGGAACAUUUAGUUGCUGACACGCAUCCCGAACUUCAUGCUCACUUCACAGCCCAAGGUUUCCAUACGUCGAUGUAUGCGUCCUCUUGGUUUCUUACAUUAUUUACCACAGCGCUAAGUCUUCCUCUAGCAUGUCGCAUUUUUGAUGUCUUUCUAUCAGAAGGCAUGGAAAUUAUCUUCAAAGUCGCAUUGGCGAUGUUACAUUUAGGCAAAGAAGAUUUGCUCAGUUUAGAUAUGGAAGGCAUGUUAAAGUUUUUCCAGAAGCAAUUGCCUGGAAAGGCUGAAAAAGAUCCUGAUGGUCUCAUGACACUCGCUUAUGGAAUGAAAAUCAAUCCAAAAAGAAUGAAGAAAUUGGAAAAGGAUUACACUAUUCUAAAGAUGAAGGAGCAGGAAGAAAUGGUCGAACUACGUAGACUUCGAGCGGAUAACAGAUUGCUUAGACAAAGAACUGAACUUCUAGAAGCGGAGUCCGCGGAAUUGGCCGACAGAUUAGUUAGAGGUCAAGUUUCACGAGCCGAAGAAGAAGAAACUGCUUUUAUAGCGCAGAGAGAAUUGGCGGCACUUCGACAUUCGCAUCUCGAGACGAGUCAUCAACUCGAACAAGCUCACGAGGAAUUGAGAUCGCUUUCGAUUCUUCUCGAGGAGAACAUGACAUCUAGACAGUCGUCGCUCGAUGAGAUAUUAGUAAAGCAAGAAGCAUUAUCGCAAAAGGAAGAGAUGAUACAGUGUUUGCAAGAGGAAUUGGUUAGAGUUAGGUUACACGAGGCAGAAAAUGAUGCAUUAAUUAGAGAACUUAGAGGAAGAAUACAAGAAUUGGAACAAGAUAAAAAAACUUUGCGCGAAUCGACGCCAGACAACUCUGUUGCUCAUUUGCAAGAGGAACUCAUUGCAGUUAAACUUAGAGAGGCAGAAGCUAAUUUAUCCUUAAAGGAUUUACGACAGAGGGUCAUGGAACUAAGCGCAGCCUGGCAGAGGCAUCUACAAGAACAUCGUGCUGCUCAAUCAGCACCUGCCGCUGAUUCUACGCCAAAGAAGCUGCUGUUUUGGGAAAAUCGGGGUCACGAAGUACAGAAGUUUGAAGAAGACUUAAUGACGACCAGGAUUCGAGAAAUGGAAGCGUUAACCGAAGUUAAGGAGCUUCGACUUAAAGUUAUGGAGCUUGAAACUCAGGUGCAGGUGGCAACCAAUCAGCUUCGUAGACAAGAUGAAGGUGGGAAAGUACUUAAGGAUGAUUUGGAGGCUGCGUUAGCUCGGGAAAAGGAUCUGGCCGCCAAGCUGAGAGAACAACAGCACAAGUAUUCUGAUCUGGAAUCGAAAAUGAAAGACGAGGCUAUGAUGGCCAGGAUACGCGAUGCCGAACAUGCACAACAGGUGGCAGAGCUUACACAAAAAAUAUCUCUACUCGAAUUGAAGAACGAGGAAAUGCAUGCAGAGGGCGAACUUAGAAAUAAUUUAGAUGACAGUGAAAAAGUAAGGGAACUUCAGGAUAAAGUCGCUGAAUUAAAAGCUGAGGUCAUGAGGCUAGAGAGCUGGAAGCAACGAUGGACGGGUCUCGGCGGGCAAACUGUGCGAAGUUUUAGCGUCGAUACUGAAAGCGAAUUGGAUGAGCGGGAUCUCAGAAUUUGUUUACAGGAUCAUAUCAAUACGACCACGCCAAACUCACCCGAGGUAUAGAAUUCUAUGUAUACCAGACCAUUAGUAGGCAGCUAACUAAUACUCCGUUAUCGAUGCGUACGAAUCUUUUGUUCGUCGUUCGGCUUUCGCUGUAGGAAAUAACGCAUAUGCGCUUAGAUUGUAAUAUACGGGGGAGUAGACCCGUAAUAAUCCUGUUUAGAUACGUGUAUUACUUCUAGGCCAAAUAUAACAAAUAUGCAUAGCCAAUUAAUUAAUAAUACUAUAACGAUAAUGAACGAAACAAUGAAAUAAUAAUGAUAGACAUUCGGUAAUCGAUCCAAGUAAUCUCGAUCGUAAUCAGGAACAAUAGUUUUAAAGAAAUCAAAUUGUAAUUUAUAAUUCGAUACUUGGAGAUUUCUUUAAAGCUACAUUUUUUCAGAGCGAUCACCCCAGAAAAUAAGAAUCUGUUUUAAUACUUUAUAUGUGCAACACUAUAGCUGAAUAUUGUUUAUUACUACAGCAAUAUAUUAUUAUUAUGAUACUUUACACAUUAUAUUACAUGGAGUAUUAUAGAGCAUAGGGAAACGUCAUAGUUUAACAACACAGAGUAUUAUAUAGAAUAUAACAAUUGUGUUUAUUAGUUAGUAAAUGACUAUUACAUAACAAUUAUCCUUUUUCGAUCGAGGUUUAGACAUGAUAAUCUCGAAAGAACUUCAAAAUCUAAAAUCUACAGAUUUGAAUUUGUUCUUUCCGUGAAAUUUGUUGCAAGCAAAUUUUAUGUGAUCAUCUUGCAAUAUCUAAACCCUCGCCUCCAGUAUACGCAGUUGAAUUAUUUAUUCUACAUUCUAUAUAAAAAAAGAUCGAUAUUAUACCCUAAUUAAUAAGAUUAAAUCCAAUAAUUAAUCGAUCCGUAUAUAAACUUCGUAUAUUUACUCAUUAAUAAGUGUAGGAUUCUUAAUGUAUGAUAUAAUAUUCCCAAAUAUGUGGAAAGUUCUUAUCUCUCUUAUUUAAAGGUUUGAACUGUUUAAUAAUUGCUCGAAGCUUGAUUACGAUCCGCAGAUUAUGCAAAGAUUAUCAUAGACUAUUUCGUGACACACGCAACUGUUUUUAUACGCAUCAUAUACUCUGUGUAUUUUUUGUAAUUCAUACCAAAUGUAAUCGCAUUUAAGAAGUUGUAUAUUAAACGUGGCAAACGUGAUGAGACGGGAAAUAUAUUACCGUUUUUUAUAAAUAUAUGUAUUUAUAUAUGUGUGUCACGAGGGAUCAUCGCACAAUACACAAAUCAUGAUAUUCAUGCAACAUACAGCGUGGGUUAUUCUAAUUGAAAAAUUUGUCUAUCUAAAGUUUAAGAUACAUUAUACUCUCGAACAGGAGGAUAAAUCGAAUUCUUAUUAUUGUUGUCCCAUAUGUAUAUGUAUAUCAUUUGUAAUAUAUUUAAUGAAUUUUUCUUAAAAAAAAAAGAGAUAAAAAAAUACUAAUUUUUACGGAUAAUAUGCAAUAUGCGCACAGCACAAAGUGUGCAAUUUAAUUACUUAAAGAACUUUCGAGUGGGAUUAUAAGAUCGUAUUGAAAAUCGAUGUUAUUAUUUCGAGGAAGAGAAGCUAAAGUUUUGUCUUUCAAUUAAUUUAUAACGAUUGCGGAUUGUCGAAACUGAAACCGAACGAGAUAAUCGGAAAUGUUUGUAAAAAAUUAGUAUCCGCACAGUUCACGUUCCUUACAAUGGUUUCUUAGGAUAAUUACUUUCAAUAUAAGCACUCGCGGAAACACCUUGCUACUUUCUUUUAUAACGAAUCAUCUCAGCCUACUUGCAACGCAUCUUUUCUUGCUUGGCCUAAAUCGUUAUAUUCUUUUUAUCGCGCUAACACACGAUUGGAAUCGAUUAAUGUUUUAGGCAUUGUAAAUUUGUGCGUAAAUGAAUUAUGCGAGUCACUUUUGAGGAAAGCCGCCUUUAAUUUCACGCAUGUGUGUGUGCAAAUUAGCAUGAGUGUAUUUUCUAACGAAAUAACGAUGAUACAAGCAAAAUGAUAUUUCGUGAUAUUUUCCGAUUACUGUGCUGUACAGCGAAUUUUGCAUAGCGUUAAAAAAUUGAAUAUAAAUAAAUUAAUUCAUUUUUACCACAUGAGCCGCACAUGCAUUAAAUGAGGUACCAAAAUUGAUAUCAAUUAAGAAUUAAACGAAAAUUGUAGAAAACACAAGUAAUUGAUUGUUAUAGUGUCGAGUAAUGUAUUUAUUGUAAGUAGAACGACAAGGAAUAAAUGUGCAAGACCGAAGAGAAAGUGACGUUUGUAUUUGCGUUCUGAAUUUAGGAGAAAUAUUUACGGCGUUUCAGAUUUUGUUGCACAUUAUAAAUUAUGCUAUUUAAAAAAAAAUCGUGUUGUUAAUAAUCAAUUUAAUCAUUAUAGAUUCUUAGUAUCGAUAGAUGUGUGAACCGCGUUGUAGUAUCGUAUAACACAUAUCUGUAGUCUAUCUUUCUCUCUUCUGUGUCACUAAAUCUGUAUAUAUAGACUGUCCUAGACCUACCGAGUAUAUUAUCAUUCAGCUAUAAAUAUACCAGGAAUCAAUCUAAUUGAAAUGGCAAUUCAAUGUUAUAGUUUUUAAUAUAGUGAUGAAAUUAUCUUAUUAUUAGAACGACAGACUGAGAAGUAUACACUUAAUGAAAUUAAGUUUUAAAAGCGAUGAAAUUAUUGUUCUUCAAAUGAUUUAAAGUAAAUCUAAUUUUUUUUCUCUUUAAUUUCUUUUUAUUCCCAGAGUUUUAAGAUCGAUAUAUAUAUUUUUUUGUCAAGGACCGAAAAUUCGCGACAAACGAUAAGUUUCAAUCAAAGUUUUUCACUCGGAAAAAGUCGAUAUAAAAUUAAUUGAAGAGUUACAAUUUAAUAAAUACAGUUCGCUAGGUCGAGAACACCAUCUAUAUGAUAUGAAUCCAUUCCAAAUUGAAUUAUUGAUCGUCUGCACGAUAAAAGCGAAAUAAUAAAUAAAUCUGCGACUACGAUUGCAUCUAACGAUAUCAAUUACGAUAUAAAUUAAGUUGCAUAAACCACGUUGUUUGCGAAGAUAAAUUAUUAUUAAUCAUCAUUUUUGUAUUGAAAUACACAAAACGUUCCUUAAGAUUUAUUUUUAAUUAAAUUCGGUAUGUGUGCAUUUAUCGUGCAAUUUCGAAAUUUUAAUAAAGAUAACUGACGUUAAUUGAAGAUAAAUAA